AUGGCACAGGAGGACAAUAACCAGCAAAUAGAAGUAGACGAGGCCACAGACAUGGACGAUGAAGCCUACGGUGACAACGAUGAGUAUAUCUCACCACCAGCACCAGCACCAGCCCAGCUCAGCUCAGCCCAGCCCCGAAAUAACCACGCUCUCUACCUCGCUGUCGUCCAGCAUCCUGGCUUAUCGGAUGGAGAAUGGAAGAAGAUAGAGAAUGACCGCCUAGGUACUUUAUUCGCGACCCUGAACAUCGAUCCCUCAUAUUCGACUUCGACUGCCGCUAAUAUAUAUGAUGCCCUAGAUAUGCAGCAUGCAGUCUUUCUUCGGUCGUUAGACGGCAAACUUUGCUUAUCUCCGAUUAGUGACGAUAUCCAAAAUGCGAUCGAUAUCGGCACUGGCACUGGCCUUUGGGCGCUUGAUUUUGCAGCAGCUCAUCCUCUUUUCCACCAGGUCAUCGGUACCGACUUAUCGCCAAUCCAACCGAGUCUUGUCCCUCCGAAUCUCAGCUUCUUGAUUGACGACGCCGAAGCAGAAUGGCAAUAUCAUCAGAAAUUCGAUCUGAUUCACUCCAGGAUGCUGACCGGUUCUCUCAAAGACUGGGACCGUUUCUAUAGCCAAUGCUACGAAAACCUCGCUCCGGGUGGCUACGUGGAGAUGCAAGACAUCUGUCUCCCCCUAAGGUCCGAUGAUGGCACGCUGACGUCUGACCACGCGCUCGAUAAAUGGUCCAUGUUGAUGCUGGAGGCAUGCGUGAAGCUCGAGCGCCCCCUAGAUGUCGCGAAAAGCCAUAAAAAACGCAUGGAAGCAGCUGGUUUCGUGGACGUCGUCGAAGUGGUAUAUAAAUGGCCUCAGAACUCGUGGGCGAAGGAUCCCAAGCUAAAGGAGAUCGGGAACUGGACGAUGAUUAAUAUGUUAGAGGGCCUGCAGGCGUUGACCGUAGGGCCGUUUACGAGAGGGUUGGGGUGGUCGAUAGAAGAGGUUGAGACGUUCUUGGUGGACGUACGGGCAAACGUGAAGGAUAGGAAAAUGCAUGUUUAUUGGCCGAUGUACUUUGUAUAUGGCAGGAAGCCAGAAAAAAGCCAGAAGAAGUAA